AUGACCCGGCUGAUGUUGGGCCGGACUCUGGAGCGCAUCUGCAAAGGCGUGCUGCUGCUAUGCCUGCUCCACUUCCUCAUUAUGAUGAUCCUGUAUUUCGACGUGUACUCCCAGCGCUUUGACCUCUUUAGUCGCUUCAAUAAUGGACGCAACGGCUCCAGGAACAAUAUCAGCAGCAGCGGGCAUCAUUAUUACUACUACAAUCUGUCCAGGCCCAAUGGGACGAUGGCCAGUUUCUUAGCGACCGGAGAGCAGGUCGGAAUAAGCACGCAGGCGGAGACCAAUCAGACGCCUUCACCCAAACCUCUGCCCCCCUGCCCCGAGAACCCGCCUGGACUGGUGGGUCGUCUGUUGAUUGAGUUCAGUUCCCAGAUGACCAUGGAGCGUGUGCAAAAGGAGAAUCCCAAUGUUACCGAGGGAGGCCGCUACAGCCCACCCGACUGCAGGCCCAGGUGGAAGGUGGCCAUCAUCAUCCCAUUUCGACACAGAGAGAACCACCUGAAAUACUGGCUGCACUACCUCCACCCCAUCCUCAGACGACAGAGAAUCGACUACGGCAUUUAUAUCAUCAACCAGUUGGGUGAGGACACAUUUAAUCGUGCCAAGCUGCUGAACGUGGGCUACAGCGAGGCCCUGAAGGAUGCUGAGUACGACUGCUUCAUCUUCAGUGACGUGGACCUGAUCCCCAUGGACGACCGCAAUCUGUACCACUGCUACGACCAGCCGCGCCACUUCGCCAUCGCCAUGGACAAGUUCGGAUUCAGGCUGCCGUAUGCUGGUUACUUCGGAGGCGUUUCGGGGCUCAGUAAAAAACAGUUUCUGAAAAUUAAUGGAUUCCCAAACGAGUACUGGGGUUGGGGAGGAGAGGACGAUGACAUCUACAACAGGAUCACUCUGAACGGGAUGAAGGUGUCCAGACCGGACGUUCGAAUCGGCCGCUACCGAAUGAUUAAACACGAGAGAGACAAGCACAACGAGCCCAACCCCCAGAGAUUCAACAAGAUCCAGAACACCAAGAACACAAUGAAGAAAGACGGCAUUAGCUCUCUGACCUACAAACUGCUGGAAGUGCGGCGAUUUCCCCUUUACACAAACAUAUCAGUGGAGAUCGGCAAGCCCCCUCCUCGCCCAUUCAAAGGAUAGACCCCGCCAGACUGGCAUCAGACUGGUAUCUCGGCAUUAUCCCGUGUUAUACCCCCCACAAGCACAUUUUCUUCCUGUAUUCGUAUUGGGAUUUCCGCUCGCCAUAGUCUCUCUGCAAUCAGGACAUUAGGACGGCAGACUUCGUUUCUAUGGAGAGUGCUUGAGAUAUCACUGACCAAGAAGACGUGCUGCCAAAAACUUGUUGGAGCAGUUCCACCAAGAAUCAUUUGAGAACUGGAAGCCCUCCAAAAGCGUAUCAAGUCGGGGUAUUCACUGAUAUAAAAGUCUCCUGGUACACUUGGCAAGCAAGGUCAAGAAAUUAUCACUAAAACUGUAUAAAAUUGCAGGUAAUGGAGAAUUCAACGCGGUUUUCUGGACUAUGGCAUUUUACAUUGAGAUGGCAUGCAGUGAUAAAGCAUCGGAUUGUAUAGAGGAGAUUCACACUGACAUUUUGGGACUUAUUUCCUCGAGUAUUGAAUGUGAUUCGUGCCUGCAACUUCCAGCAGAGGACAUCGAACUGUGCUACAAUGUGUUGAUCAAACCACGACAAACUUUUUAUAUCUGUCUUUAAACUGGAAGCGACUCAAAGAAGAGACUGAACGUUUGAAUAACUGAUUUCUUUU